ACUACUCCAUCUCACCCGCCGCAUCACUCGUUGCUCCUUCUGCGCCCGCCAUGGCGCCACCUGUCGCCAUGCCUGCCACUCUCCCCGCCACCAGCUGCUCGACCGUCGCUCACUCGCCGCGAUUCCCCUCGGCCCGCGCCCCUCGCACCGUGUCGCUGGGGUCCUUCGCGGGGCUCAAGCGCGUCGCGCCCGCCGCGCUCUCUCCCGUGCAAGCCCUGCUCGCGGUCUCCGCCAAGCACCAUGCGCCACAUGCGGCGGCUCGCCGCACGACUAUCCGCGCGUCCGGGGGGGCAGCAGCGGGCGGUGGCGGCGGGGCGGGCGCAGUGGAGGCGCGGAAGGUGCUGAUGAUGGGCGGCACGCGGUUCAUCGGCGUGUACCUGGCGCGCCUGCUCGUCAAGGCGGGCCACGAGGUGACGCUCUUCACGCGCGGCAAGUCGCCGGUGGCGCAGCAGCUGCCCGGCGAGAGCGACGCGGACUUCAGCGAGUACAGCGCGCGCGUGCGCCACCUCGCGGGUGACCGCCGCGACCUCGACGCGCUCAGGGCCGCGCUGCAGGGGGCGGACUUCGACGCCGUGUACGACAUCAACGGGCGCGAGGCGCUCGAGGUGGAGCCCAUCCUCGCCGCGCUGCCCAACCUCAAACAGUACAUCUUCUGCUCGUCGGCGGGUGUGUACCUCAAGUCGGACGAGCUGCCGCACCGCGAGGAUGAUGCGGUGGACCCCAAGUCGCGCCACAAGGGCAAGCUGGAGAGCGAGGCGGUGCUGGCGGCGAGCGGCGUGGCGUGGACGUCGAUCCGGCCGGUGUACAUCUACGGGCCGCUCAACUACAACCCCGUGGAGGAGUGGUUCUUCCACCGCCUGGCUGCGGGCCGCCCCAUCCCCGUGCCCGGCUCCGGCAUGCAGAUCACACAGCUCGGCCACGUCAAGGACCUAGCGCGCGCCUUCUACCUGGCGCUGGGGUGCGAGGCGGCGUGUGGGCAGGUGCUGAAUGUGAGCGGCGCGCGCUACGUCACGUUUGACCGCAUCGCCACUGCGUGCGCCGAGGCCAUGGGUGCACCGCGCCCGCUGCUCGUGCACUACAACCCCAAGGACUUCGACUUCGGCAAGAGCAAGGCCUUCCCACUCCGCAACCAGCACUUCUUUGCGGCGAUAGAGAAGGCAGAGCGCGUGCUGGGGUGGGAGGCGCAGUACGGGCUGGUGGAUGGGCUGCGCGACUCGUACCAGCUGGACUUCUCGCGUGGCGUGCAACGCGCCGCACCCAACUUCACCACAGACGACAUGAUUCUCGAGAAGCUCGGCGUGGCUGCCACCGCCACCACGUGAAGGCCUUGGCAUGGCAUGAGCGCGCGGUGCGGUGCAUGGCGGUGGCGGGGCGCGCAUCGUUGACACUCGUGGAGCGGAGCGGCCGCACGGGUGGUGUGGUGUGGUGGAAUAUGCAUUGCAGGCAGCACAGUGUGCCAUGACUGGUACCAUGCCCAUGUGUCCGCGAGGCAUUGAUGUUGUGUUAGCCUUGUCUGUAUGGUGCUGGUGUCAAUAUAUAUAUAUAUAUAUUAUAUAUAUAUAUUUGUGUAGGCUUGGUAGGUUUUUUAUAUUUCUGGGUCCUACUGUAGAGAGGACAACCUUGUUAGAAUGAUGGAAUGAACUAGAAUGUGAGAGUACAAGAGAAUAUAGGCUAGUGCUGUACCCUCUAAUGCACAAACCUAUACUGUCUAUAAUAAUAUACUAGGAUUUGU